AACAUAUUAUACAUAAACGAUCAAUUAGCCAAGUUAAUUCACUGCCUCGUCAGCUGUCGACUGUAGCAGAAGUCUCGUGCGAAACGUGUCGUGUUGAGUGCCGCUUUUUUCUUUCCAAAGGAAUCGUUUUUGGCUCGUGCGCAUACAAGUCAGCGAAGUGCUUCGUUGUUAGAAUACCGGAAUUUUGGUUGUGAUUUCGUUUGCUUUGUUUUGUUUUUCAUUUUCGUGUUUGCUUUCUUCGCUUAUUGCAUUUACAAAGCAAUUUAAAGUGUCGUCCUGCAGAGUGUGCACUGUUAUAAAGCUACUUGACGUGCUCAGUAAUAUUUCGAAGAUUUCGUAAAAAGUCGCGAACUGGUUCAAGCAGACCAAGUGCGUCCAAAAAAAAAAAAGUAAUCGUAAAGCACCCGUGGUCAAAUAUUAAUGCGACAGACACGCCGUACACACGCACACACAAACACCCGAGCAGACGACGCGUAGUGGAGUUGAGGAAGAAAGGUAAUCAACAGCAGGCAAAACUUGACAGCAGCAUCAACGGCAGCAGCAGCAGCAGGCGACUAGAUAUAACCAGUGCCUUCGUCGGCAUUCGUUGACACUCCAGUCACAGCGAUAGCGAAAUUAACAACGUUCCCACAGGCCACCUGCUUACAACGCAUCACAGCACAGUAACGGCGACAGUUGGCACUAAAAGUCAAGCGACAAUCACCAGCUUGACGAGUCAGGGGCGCAGCAAUAAACUAAAGCACACACACGCUGAGCCAACUACCGGCUUAUCUGCCUACUAACAUAUACAUCCAUACGUACAAGGUUUGUAACGCAACGACGAGAGUGUUUGCAUACACUAUUCUACAUACAAACAUAUAUGCCUACAAAGAGCAGACGCUCAGCCGGUUGUAUUGCAGAUUUGUGCCUUUUUUCCAACCGAUUUGAAAAACUCAACGGCAGUGCGCGAACUUAUCAGAACGUUGCCAGACGCGCAACGUGAAACAACGGUGUGUUUAAAAGCAGUUAUAAGCGCGAAAGCGAAAGGCGACGGCGCGUAGCAGUAAACACGACAAGUUGUCGACGUUGAAAACGUUGUGAGCGCAAACUUUAAGAGAAAUAAAACAAAACAAAAGACUUAAAAAUUUUUUUUUGCAAAAAAAAAUUUCGAAAGCCACAAAUUUUUGUAUUUUAUUUUGCGUGAUUGACAGAUAAUUGUGAUUGUGAUAGAAAACAACAAAGAGAAACUUAAGUGUUAAUAAAAAUUAUAUUUGAAUUCAAAAGUAUAUUGAAACUACAAACCGCGCUACCUCAAAACGCAAUAAGCCAAUAGCAAAUACAACAUAACUAAAAAGUGCAGUAUUUUGAAAUAAAAACAGCUAAUACAACAACAAAGAAAAACUAUAAUUAAAUUGCGUAAUCAACCAGAAGACAGUAUUAUUUUAUCACAAAACAGUUCAACAAGCAAUUAAAACAGCAACAAAUAGCUGACAAAGGCCGUGUAGUAUUCGAAGCGUUAAAAAAAACAACAAAACACAGGAAAUUUUGCAAAAUGUCCGCUUCAAAGGAGCAAAUAUGCGCCAGUCAGGACAAUGACUUGGACAAGCCGAAAGGAUGUUUCUCAACAAGAUAUUUUGUCACUUUCAUGCUCUUUCUGGGCAUGGCCAAUGCUUAUGUGAUGCGUACGAAUAUGUCCGUAGCCAUUGUGGCGAUGGUAAAUCACACUGCCAUCAGCGUUGAUCAAGACGAUAAAUUUGACGAUGAGUGUCCGAAUCAAAAUCUAACGGCUGUGGAAAAUGGUCAAGACGGCGACUUCGUAUGGAGCUCUAGUUUACAGGGCUACAUAUUAUCUUCAUUCUUCUACGGUUAUGUGCUGACCCAAAUUCCCUUCGGUAUUUUGGCGAAAAAAUAUGGCGCCAUGAAUUUCCUUGGCUGGGGUAUGCUUGUCAAUUCCGUAUUUGCCUUCCUCGUGCCAGUUGCCGCUUACGAAGGUGGCGUCUAUGGUCUGUGUGCUGUACGCUUCAUUCAGGGUCUCGGCGAAGGUCCAAUUGUGCCAUGUACACACGCGCUGCUCGCCAAAUGGAUACCACCCAAUGAGCGCUCACGUAUGGGUGCGGCGGUAUAUGCGGGCGCACAAUUCGGUACAAUCAUAUCUAUGCCUUUGUCCGGUUUGUUGGCCGAGUAUGGUUUCUCUGGCGGUUGGCCAUCGAUUUUCUAUGUUUUCGGCGCUGUUGGUACAAUUUGGUCGAUUGCUUUCCUAUGGCUCGUCUAUGAGGAUCCUUCAUCGCAUCCACACAUCGAUGAACGCGAGAAGAAAUACAUUAAUACUAGUCUCUGGGGUACUGGUGAUCAAAAGGUUCCAGCAAUUCCCUUCAAGUCCAUCUUGAAGUGCCUGCCCUUCUACGCUAUUUUGCUUGCCCAUAUGGGUCACAACUAUGGUUACGAGACACUGAUGACUGAAUUGCCCACCUACAUGAAGCAAGUGUUGCGCUUCUCACUGAAAGCCAACGGCUUACUCUCAUCCCUACCCUAUUUGGCUAUGUGGCUCUUCUCAAUGUUCAUUUCGGUAAUUGCCGAUUGGAUGAUUUCAUCAAAUCGUUUCACUCACACAUCAACUCGAAAAAUUAUCAACAGUAUUGGUCAAUAUGGUCCGGGUUUGGCUCUAAUUGCCGCAUCGUACACAGGCUGUGAUCGUGCCUUAACACUUGCCAUACUCACGGUGGGUGUAGGUCUCAACGGUGGUAUCUACUCCGGCUUCAAAAUCAAUCACUUGGAUCUAUCGCCACGUUAUGCCGGUUUCCUGAUGGCCAUCACAAAUUGUUCGGCAAACUUGGCGGGUCUAUUGGCGCCCAUCGCCGCCGGAAACUUAAUCAACAAUAAGCCUACUAUAGGUCAAUGGCAGAUCGUUUUCUUCAUCGCCGCUUUCGUGUAUAUCUUCUGCGCUACCUUCUAUAAUAUCUUCGGUUCGGGUGAACGUCAAUGGUGGGACAACCCAGCCAAUGACGUGAAGGAACCAUCCGCCAUUACUCCUGGUACAACCACACUGACGUCGAAUGGCGCGAGUCCACGUUUUAUAACCGGCGUUGAUAAUGGUCUGACCUUGAUGACGGGGAAUGUCAACGAAACCGGACACUAAGUGCGUAGAACACACGUCUAAGGCGAGACAGCAACAACUGAGCGCCGAUCUAGUAUAUAUACAUAUAUGAUUUUAAGUUAUUCGAAGCUGUGGAUUCGAUGCUAGUGCUAGUUAGACAACAAACAGACAGACAGUUAGUAAUUUAAGCAGCGUAUUUUUUAUUAUGUUUAGUAAUUAAUAAGGCAUAGUGAAUUUAUGUGCGAGAGAAAUGUGUGUGCCUUAGAAAAUUAAAAUAAAAUACAUAAAGUGUACCGUAAGUAAGAAAAGAAAAAAGUAGUGUGAUAACGGUACACAGCGUGCAAAAUAAUAAAUAAAUUUUUAUAACAAGAGUCAGCAUUAAAACUAACGGACACUUUUCUCUCUCAGCUCUCAGCCGAGUAUAAAUAAAAAUGUGAAUGAUAAAAGACAGUUGCCGCUAAAACUAUGCAACGCAUCUUAAGUAUAUAAUACGCCAAUGGUGCCAACUAAGUGAUUUUCUGUAAUUUUUUGCUUUUGAAAAAUGCAAGUGUAAAGUUUUUAUGGACUUGGUCCGUAAAUUGUUAAUUUAUUUAAAGUUAAGUUUAAAGUAUAAUGUCUGAAAGAAACUUUUAAUUUAUAUAUACACACACACACACAUGUAUGAAUGUACGCACUGUUAGCGCUUUUUAAUGUUAUUGUGAAUUGAUUUUAUAAAAAAUAUUAUUUUUUGUUUAAGAAAAGUAGUAAAAGUAAAACCGUACAAUGCUUUUAACACAAAAAAUGUCUUAAAGCAACUUUUUGACUAGAAUUGUUAUACUAAUACAUAUACUUGUACAAUAGUAUAUAAACACACAUACAUCUCUAAAAUACUACUAAAAUUAAUUAUUUUAUACAUUUGUUAUAAAGUCGGUACAUGAAGAAGUGUGGAAAAGUGAAAGAUAAACGGACAAAACGAAACAAGCCAAUAAACAGUAUAAGUGACAAUCUAAUUUGUAAGACGAAAUGCUAAAAAAAUAUUUCCAUUUGAUACAAGAUUACUAUUCAAGACAUACUAUAAUUUCCAAAAAUGAUUUUUAACUACGAGAAUGUGUAGUAAAGAGUAAGAAAUCUACUUCAAAAUAAAAUAAAUUAAAAAACAAAAAUGACUCGAAGAGAGUUUAAAAAACCAAA